AUGAGUCAACCCAAAACCACAAACGACUCCGACAUCAUCGUCGCAGGUGAAAAACAAGAUGGCAUCCACCGUCAAGCAUCCUUCAGCGAAGCCACAGCGCAGAUGUUCCAAACCGAUCUCGAAAAAGAAAAGACCAUCCAGGGCACAGCUCAUUUCCAGCGCCUGGGUUGGAAACGUCUUACCGUCGUACUCAUCGUCCAGGCCAUCGCCCUCGGCAGUCUUAGUCUCCCUGGAGCUUUCGCUACCCUCGGAAUGGUCGCUGGCGUUAUAUCCUGCAUUGGAAUCGGGCUUAUCGCUAUGUAUGCCAGUUACAUGGUCGGUCUUGUCAAGCUGAAAUAUCCUGAUAUUGAUCAUUAUGUCGAUGCUGGUCGACUUUUGAUGGGAGGCUUUGGUGAUAAACUCUUCGCUGUUGUCUUUUUGGGCUUGUUGAUCUUGGCUACUGGCUCCCACUGCUUAACCGGCACCAUUGCCCUUGUCAAGAUCACGGGUAGCAGCGUGUGUACCCUCGCUUUUGGGGUCAUCUCUGCUGUUAUCCUUAUGGUUCUUGCGAUUCCACCUUCAUUCACUGAGAUUGCGAUCCUCGGUUACAUCGACUUUAUCUCCAUCAUCCUUGCGAUCGGUAUCACCAUGAUUGCGACUGGGAUUCAGAGGUCAGACGCCCCAGGUGGUUUCUCAUCUUCUACUUGGUCAGCGUGGCCACAGGAUGACCUUAGCUUCACUCAGGCACUCACAGCGGUCUCAAAUAUUGUCUUCUCAUAUGCAUUUGCAGCUGCCCAAUUUUCCUUCAUGUCCGAAAUGCAUACGCCUGCCGAUUUCACAAAAUCCAUCGUCACUCUGGGUCUUACAGAAAUCGUUUUAUAUACCAUCACGGGAUCAGUAAUCUAUGCAUUCGUUGGCCAGGAAGUUCAGUCCCCCGCCUUGUUAUCCGCCAGCCCGUUGGUAUCGAAAGUCGCGUUUGGCAUUGCCUUGCCCGUCAUCUAUAUCUCAGGCUCAAUCAACGCCACGGUCGCUUGCAGAUUUAUCCACGGUCGACUUUAUAAGAACACUAUUACACGGUUCAUCAAUACCCGCAAAGGCUGGAUCACUUGGUUGGCUGUUGUUGCCUUUGUGAUCUUCCUUUCGUGGGUUAUCGCAGAAGCUAUCCCAUUUUUCUCCGAGCUUCUGGGGAUCUGUGCGGCCCUCUUCAUUUCGGGUUUUUCGUUCUGGAUCCCUCCCAUUAUGUGGUUCUUCCUUCUCAAGGAGGGCAAUUGGUAUGAUAAGCACAAUGUCAAGCGUGCUGUAUGUAAUUGCAUUGUCUUUAUCGUCGGUUUCUUUGUGUUUGUCGCCGGCACAUAUGCCAGCAUUGACCAGAUUAUUGCCAAAUUCAAUGGAGGCAGUGUCGGCAGGCCUUUCUCCUGCAAUGUGGCUUAA